UUUGACAGUUCAUAAUUGAAAAUGGCAGACACUGCUGUUGAAACUGCUCCAGGCGAUGAAAACGAUGAUAGUUGGUUGUACGGAGACUCAAAUGCAGAGCAAGCUGCAAACAACGAUGCAGAAAAUAGUGAGAAAACCCAGGUUCAAUCGAAUGCUGACGUUGGAGAAGACAAAGAACAGGAGGAGAACGAUGCCAACAACGAUGAUUCGCAUUUCAACGAUGAGCAUUUUGCUGACGUUGGUCUGACGGGGGAUCAGGAGCAAGCCAACGGGGAUGCCGACAGCCAGGACAACGGAGACUCGGAUUCGGACGACAGUGACGAUGUCAAAGUCACUAUCGGAGAAAUCAAGUCGGGGCCGCAAGCGUAUGCCAGUUUGAACAUCAAAAGAGGAGUAGGCCUGGUAGCAGCAGGCGCAGAGAAGCCGCGCCAAGGUACUGCCACCGGCAGCAAGGUGACACUGGAGGACCUCGAUGGGCCCGGCAGUAUCAAUGGAGUGCCCGCACUUGAAUUCAACAUUGACACCAUUGAAGAUAAACCAUGGAAUAAGCCUGGUGCUGACAUAUCUGACUACUUCAACUACGGAUUCAACGAGGUGACGUGGAGCGCGUACUGCGAGCGGCAGCGCCGCAUGCGCGUGGGCGAGGCCGGCGUGGGCUUACACGUCGUGCCGCCGCGCGCGCCGCCGCCGGACAUGCGGCGACCGCCUGGUCCCAUUAGAUCCGACGACGGUCCGCCAGUGAUGCCAAAUAACUACCAAGUUCGGGAAAAUACUAUACAGGUGAUGACGGCGGAGCGGCGCGAGUACGGGCGCGGGCACGCGCGCGACGCGCCCGAGUACUUCCCCGCGCCGCCGCCCGACCACUACUACCCGCCGCCCGCCGCCUACGACGAGCCUUCCUGGGGUAAGCUAUUUUUAAAGUUUGCUCGUAUCACCUAGCGAUGAAUUCACUGC